GACCAGGUGGGGCGGGGGAGCCUCUCCAGUCCCACCCAGUUUAGGGAAAGCCUCUGCCUCCUCCCCGCUUUGCCCCCCUUCACCUGGCCCUUAAACGGCCCGGCCCCUGACCCUCGGCUAUUUAAGACGGAGGGGCGGCCGCAGGCAGCAGCUGCGCCACGACGGCUCUGGGAGGAGAGCACGGGGCCAGCAUCCCGACCAUGACCCCGCGCAGGCUGCUGCCGCCGCUGCUGCUGACGCUGCUGCUCGCCGCCCGCCCGUCAGGCGCCCUGGCCCGGUGCCCGGGCUGCGGGCAGGGGGCGCCAGCGGGCUGCCCGGGGGGCUGCGCUGCGGAGGAGGGCGCGGGGCGGCCCGCGGAGGCAUGUGCGGAGGCCGGGGGCUGCCUCCGGAGGGAGGGGCAGCAGUGCGGGGUCUACACCCCCAACUGCGCCCCCGGACUGCAGUGCCAGCCGCCGGAGGGAGACCCGGCCCCGCUGCGGGCGCUGCUGACCGGCCGGGGCCGCUGCCGCCCCGCGCGCGCGCCCACGGGGGAGAAUCCUAAGGAGAGCAAGCCCCACGUGGGGACCACUCGCCAACAGGACACGAGCCGUAGAAACCAGCAAAGGAACCCGGGGACCUCUACCACUCCGGCCAGGCCCAAUCCUGGGGGUGUCCAAGACUCUGAGAUGGGCCCGUGCCGCAAACAUCUGGACUCGGUGCUACGGCAACUCCAGAUCGAAAUCUUCCGGGGGUCUCACACGCUCUACGUGCCUAACUGUGACCACCGGGGCUUCUACCGGAAGCGGCAGUGCCGCUCCUCCCAGGGCCAGCGCCGAGGGCCCUGCUGGUGUGUGGACCGGAUGGGCCAGCCCCUGCCAGCAUCCGGGGACAGCAAUGGCGGUGCCCCCUGCUCCGCAGGAGGCAGUGGCUAAGGCUGGGUGGGGUCCCCAGGGCCACCGGCAGGAGCCUGGGGCUGUCAUCCUGGACCAUUUGUCAUCAUGAGUAACUAGGUCCCACACUCCCCCUCCAGGCCCUGCCCCAUUGUCCCCUUAUCCCUGAGACAUCACACAUGGAAAAACUGUUGGUGUUGGUUUGGAGCGUUAAUAAAGCUGUUUGGGGGGUCUCUGGUCUA